GGGUCCCAAGGCUCCCGCCCAUCUUGUGACGUCACCGUGUCCCUUCCUCUUGUCCCCGAGCUAGCAGCGUAAGCAAUUGGAAGCUAGCGCUUAGCAGCUGUUUGUGUCAAACAACCAACUAACCAACUAACCAGUCAUCCAGCUAGCUAGUCCGUCGGUCAUUCUAAGUUGUGGUGCAUCUACUGGAGAAGAAUUCGGGGGGACUCAUUUUGUCUUCUCGGGAAGCCAGCUGCCUUAUCCGAACGAGUUAAAAGCUGUUUAAUAUCGUCCUCGCCAUCUCAACAGGAAGAAGCCCUGGGACAUGGCAAGACCAGAACAAGUCCUGGUGCUAGAGCCGCAACACGAACUGAAAUUCAGAGUGGAAGGAGGCAAAACCUGAAGAACUGAUGGAUUCAAAGUUGAGAUGUGCAUUUGAGAUGCCUCUAGAAAACGACAAAACUCAUGAGGGUGAGAGCAAAAAAAAUGAAACUUCCUCUACUUCUGUUAAGUCUGAGCACCAGACCAAGCAAGGCAGCGUCUCAAUGGACGACGGCGAGGUUAAGAAGAUCAUGGAGGAGUGCAAGCGGCUGCAGAUGGAGGUGCAGAGGUUACGGGAAGAAAAUAAACAAAUCAAGGAAGAUGAUGGACUGCGGAAGAGGAGGGUGACGUCCGCCGCUGCUCCUCACUCCUCCAACAUGGCGAUGACGGCCAUGAAGGACGAAGGCCUGACCACUCGUGUCCUGGCGUUCUGCCUACUCUUCUUUGUGAUUGGGGCCAUUAUUGGCAAGAUGGUCCUGUAGAGACACAGAGGGACAGCACAGUGACAGAGCGACGGAUGGACAGCGGACUCGGGAAGACGAGUGUCUAUGACAGCAAUGAAGAUGUCUUCUGGGUUCAUGUUGAUCUGUUUUCCCGUUUUCUUCAUAAUUUAAUGCAAUAUGUCACAAAGAUAUGCUUGUAUGAAUCAUAAUUGCAAGUGUUAAAGGAAAGCAAACGAAAGGCAAGUUAAAGAUGGCUAACGUUUUUGUCACAGCUUUUCGCCCUUGUUUUUUGUUUUGCAAAAAAAAAAAA